CACCAACCUCCAUCGAGUGAGAUCAUAAAAAGGAAAAAAAAAAAAUUCGAGAAAACCACAAAGAAGCCCGUCUCCUGCCACUGCCCGACUGCUCAAUUUCAUCACGUCAAUCCCUCCAAGGCAAUGUCCAUUAUCCUAGUCCACCCUAGCCAUGGCUGAUUCGGCCGGCAGGUCUUCCAAGGACAGGACAGCUGCCAGGGAGUCCCGUCCACCCCUCAACACCAGAGCCGUCCGCUCCCAGACCACCACAUUCCCCGACGCCGAUUCCCCCACCGAUCCUCACCUACGGUCCAGACUCGAUGACGAUGAUAGUGACGAAGAGGAAGAGGAGGAGGAGGACGACGACGACGAGGACGACGAUGAGGACGGGGAUGAUGACGAGGAUGAUGAUGACGACGACGAGGACGACGACGACGACGACGAGGACGACGACGACGACGACGACGACGACGAAGACAGGGAGGAGGAGCGACAACCCCCUCAGGCCCCUUCUGCGCCGCAUAGCCGUGUCCGUACCCCGGGUCACGUCUCGUCCAAGAGCCAGGACCGCCGACGCGUGCCUUCCGAAUUCUCCAUAAGGCAACGCUCUCAAUCUGCCUCCGUCUCCGUAUCUGCCGCCUCCUCCGCCUCCCAACCAUCCUUCCACACCGCUUCGAGGGCGACCCUUGCGUCCAUCGCCGCCCCCGCCCGCAAACCCACCCCGCCGUCAAUACCUACCCCCGGCAGUGGCCAUGAGCCCAUCAAGCGCAGCGAAUCGGCCUCUGUGAGCGCCGACGGUCGUGACAAGGAGCCCCCCCGUCGACCUCACGUUAUGCGCUCCACCUCCGCCAUAGCAAGCAAGUCUACCGUUUUCGCGGCCUCCUCGUCGUCUACCUCUCGAGCCCAAAGUGCCGCCGCCGCCGCCGCCAACUCCAGCUCCAGACCGCGUGGCCAACAUACCCUCUUCCCGCCCCUCCAGGACCCCAAGACUGCCCCAGACGUGCCUCCGGCCCCCGCUUCCGGCAUGUACUGGUCGCGUGCCCCCGUCUCGGGAGCCCCGCAUAUAUCGAUGCGCGCCCAUACCGUCACCCUCAUCGGCUCCAACAUCUACGUCUUCGGCGGCUGCGACUCGCGCACUUGCUUCAACCAGCUCUACGUUUUCGACGCCGACGCCUUUUACUGGUCCGCCCCGCACGUAGUCGGCGACAUUCCCGUGCCCCUCCGCGCCAUGACCGCCACCGCCGUCGGCAAGAAGCUCGUCGUGUUCGGCGGCGGCGACGGUCCCGCCUACUACAACGACGUCUACGUCCUCGACACCACCACCUUUCGCUGGACCAAGCCCCGCAUCCUGGGCGAGCGGGUGCCCUCCCGCCGCCGCGCCCACACCGCCUGCCUCUACAAGAACGGCAUCUACGUUUUCGGUGGUGGCGACGGCGUCCGUGCCCUCAACGACAUUUGGCGUCUCGACGUAAGCGACAUGAACAAGAUGUCCUGGCGCCUCGUCUCGGCGCCGGAACGGGCCAAACACUCCCCGGGAGGAGGAGGAGGCAGCGGCGGCAGCGGCGGCAGCAGUGCCAAGGAGCUACGCCCCAAGGCCCGCGGCUACCACACCGCCAACAUGGUCGGCAGCAAGCUCAUCAUCUACGGCGGCUCCGACGGCGGCGAGUGCUUCAACGACGUAUGGGUCUACGACAUCGAGGGCCAGUACUGGAAGCCCGUCAUCAUCCCCGUCACCUACCGCCGCCUCUCGCAUACCGCCACCCUCGUCGGCUCCUACCUCUUCGUCAUUGGCGGCCAUGACGGCACCGAGUACUCCAACGACGUCCUGCUGCUGAACCUCAUCAGCAUGGCUUGGGACCGCAGGCGCGUCUACGGGUUGCCGCCCAGCGGUCGCGGGUACCAUGGCACCGUCCUCUACGAUAGCCGCCUCUUCACCAUCGGGGGGUUUGACGGGGGCGAGGUUUUUGGGGAUGUCUGCAUCUUGGAACUGGCCGUGCACGCGUAUUACUCGCAAAUUUGCCAUUUUUCCAUCGAGGUGUGACGGUGCUAUGGAAAGGGAGAAGAAAGGGCGGGAAAAGAAGUGGCGAAGGAGAAGAACGGUGUGGUAUAGGCGGUUGCAAGGGGAAAUAUUCCUGGCCCUCUAAGGACCUGAUGACCAUCUGGAUUAUGGCGUACAUUCAAAUAGCAAAGCAAAAGGAUGUCAAUUGGCUGCAACACUCUUAAACCCAAAUGUAUUGUUUCUGUUCGUCUGUACAUCUUUCCUCUUUUCAUCAAGAUUGAGACUACAGGUAAUAGGUAAUAUUUUGUUUCGUCCCGACACA